AUGGACGCGGAUCCCAAUUAUGUCGAAGAAGUUUACGAGAGCAUUGUCUCUUCAGAGAUCAGCUAUGGCGUCCUGGCCUUGGUGGUCUACGAAUACCUCAUUACUUUUGACCAGGAAGUAGCAAUUGUAUGGAGGAGAAAAAUUACCCUGACAUCGGCAUUUUUGGUCAUCUUACGAUGGGCCAUGGUCGUAAACGCCAUAAUCGCCAACAUAGUUCCUUCAACAGACUUAGGGUGCAAGAUAGCAAAUAGGCUCGAGAAUGUUGUCAUAUGGAUUGGGUAUGGGGGUACAGCAUUGUUCUCGGCGUUGCGGGUUUCAGCGAUAUGGGGGCGCAACUGGUUCCUGUUCGUCCUGGUCCUAGCUCUGGGAUCAAUACCCGUAUGGGCAAACAUCUAUACCGCUGCCCGUUCCCAAUACGACUACACAGAGAAAUUUGGUGGAUGUUGGCAGAACAUAUACUACUCAGAUAAGGCUGUGACUGUCAUCCGUAGAUUACAUUUGUCAACGCGCAUCUCGCUGAUAGCGAUGGAUUUCCUGGUGCUCAUCCUGACCUGGGCCAAGACUUUCUCACAGUGGCGAGAAUCGCGCAGGUUAAGGAUCCCGAAAUCAAUAGCAGGGUCGCUGUUACGCGACGGUACAAUCUACUUCUUGUUACUUCUUUGCAUCAACCUUGCACAAAUUCUGACGUAUAAUCUCAUGUUCGCCCCUGUGAAUCUUCUCAUAGCUGUCAUGCCGCUUCGUGCUCAACCUGGGGCAAAUUACAAGCAGCCCAAACCCCUCGUCUUCUGA